GCGGGGCCCAGGCUCUGCAGGGACCCCGGCUCCUGCUCGGCUCCCUCUCUGUAGGAACCCCAUCGCCACCUCCUCUUUGCAACGCCGCAUCCAGACCCUUGCACCCCCGUAUCAGCUCCAGCCGAGGUCCUGGCUCUCCAGCCUCAAGACUGGCGCAGGUUACAUACUGUUUACCAAUCUGUGGAACUGCCCGAGACACAUCAGAUGUUGCGUCAGACAUGCCGUGACUUUGCUGAGAAGGAGCUGGUCCCCAUUGCAGCCCAACUGGACAAGGAACAUCUCUUCCCCACAGCUCAGGUGAAGAAGAUGGGCGAGCUCGGGCUGCUGGCCAUGGAUGUCCCAGAGGAGUUCGGUGGUGCGGGCCUGGAUUACCUGGCCUACUCCAUUGCCCUGGAGGAGAUCAGCCGUGGCUGCGCCUCCACCGGAGUUAUCAUGAGCGUCAACAACUCUCUCUACUUGGGGCCCAUCCUGAAGUUCGGGUCCCCAGAGCAGAAGCAGCGGUGGAUCACCCCUUUCACCAGUGGAGAUAAAAUCGGCUGCUUUGCCCUCAGUGAGCCAGGGAAUGGCAGUGAUGCCGGGGCUGCUUCCACCACGGCCCGGGAAGACGGUGACUCGUGGGUCCUCAAUGGCACCAAAGCCUGGAUCACCAACUCCUGGGAGGCUUCGGCCACAGUGGUGUUUGCCAGUACAGAUCGGUCCCAGAAGAACAAGGGUAUCAGUGCCUUCCUGGUUCCCAUGCCAACACCUGGGCUCACACUGGGCAAGAAGGAAGAUAAGCUGGGCAUCCGGGCCUCAUCCACUGCUAACCUCAUCUUUGAGGACUGUCGCAUCCCCAAGGAGAACCUGCUGGGGGAGCCAGGGAUGGGCUUCAAGAUAGCCAUGCAAACCCUGGACAUGGGCCGCAUUGGCAUCGCCUCCCAGGCCCUGGGCAUUGCCCAGGCCGCCCUCGACUGUGCUGUGAAAUAUGCUGAGAACCGCAUUGCCUUUGGGGCGCCCCUCACCAAGCUCCAGAACAUCCAGUUCAAGCUGGCAGACAUGGCCGUGGCCCUGGAGAGUGCCCGCCUGCUGACCUGGCGUGCCGCCAUGCUGAAGGACAAUAAGAAGCCAUUCAGCAAGGAGUCGGCCAUGGCCAAGCUGGCCGCAUCUGAGGCUGCAACCGCCAUUAGCCAUCAGGCCAUCCAGAUCCUGGGUGGCAUGGGGUACGUGACAGAGAUGCCAGCCGAACGCUACUACCGAGAUGCCCGCAUCACGGAGAUCUACGAAGGCACCAGCGAGAUCCAGAGGCUGGUGAUUGCUGGGCAUGUGCUCCGGAGCUACCGGAGCUGAGCCCCGCUGGGAGCUGGCCGCCUGCCGCCUGAGGCAAAGGCAGAGCCUCAUGGGUUAACUUGAGGCCUGGUCAGAUCAGGAAGGGGCCCGCCUCAUUCUGUCCCUUAUGUCCCUCACUGUACCUCCCAGUCAGGCUGGGGAUGCCUGUCUCAGGGAGAGGAAAGGCCAGCUGCUGCGACCUGUGACCGAGAAGAAACGAGUAGUCAGCUCAGAACUGGGCUUGGCUGCUCUUUUACAAGCCACCAACAGUGCCUUUCUUCACCCGAGUGGCCCAGGCAGGGCCAUGGGGGGGGGGGGCUGAUGACCCUGGCACUCCCAGGGCCGUCCCCAUGAGCCCUGCUGCUCAGCAGCCAGAACACAAGGGACAGGGCAGGGUUCAGGAGGAGGAGGGGAGGCGGUGACCCAAAUGAGCAGGCCUCGGUGGCAGGAAUUUCAGUGUUUGAGUCCCCAGAGUCGUCUUGGGAUGGCUGGGGUUGGGUCAUGGGGCCCUCGCCAGAGGUCACAUGGGAUGCAGGUGUGGGUUGCGCUGGCGGCCUGUGGCCAAUAAAGCACCUGUGCCCGAGCA